AUGUCGACGCCAGCGAAGAAGAUUGUUUUGAAGAGCUCAGAUGGUGAGACCUUUGAGGUUGAAGAAGCGGUGGCUCUCCAGUCGCAGACCAUAUCUCACAUGGUUGAAGAUGACUGCGUCGAAAACGGUGUCCCUCUUGCUAACGUCACGAGCAACAUCCUCGUCAAAGUGAUUGAGUACUGCCGCAAGCACGUCCCUGUCAUCCCCGACGGUGAUGGUGCUUCGCCUUCUUCCUCCGAAGAGGAGCUCAAGACUUGGGACGCUAAGUUUAUAGAGGAGAUCGAUCAGUCGACGCUAUUUCACCUUAUCCUCGCUGCUAACUUUCUGAACAUCAAAGGCCUUCUUGAUCUUACUUGUCAGCCGAUACCAUCAAAGGAAAGACUCCAGAGGAGAUUCGUACUAUUUUCAACAUCAAGAACGAUUUCACACCGGAGGAGGAAGCAGAGAUUCGCAGAGAAAACCAGUGGGCUUUUGAAUGAUCAUGUCCAUCACUAG